CCAAAUACUAAAAUGCAAAAUCAAAACUGGAACAAAGAAAAGGAAAUCAAGAAUGGCUUCGAGCGGCGGCGAAGAUCAGGUGCCUCCUGGAGGUCCGGUGACGUUUUCUACACGUCUGAUUGAUGCUGGUUCGACGAUCAUGCAGCGGCGAUUACCGGUGAAGCAGAUGAACUGUCAUGUCUCUACUUUUUCGAUAUAUGGAAGUGACAUGUCCCGGCAAAUAGAGACUCACCACUACGUCCACCGAGUCAACGACGAGUUCCUCCAGUGCGCGGUAUACGCCUCUGAUCGUUCCGAUGCACCUCUCAUCGGAAUUGAAUAUGUAAUAUCGGACCGAUUAUAUGAAAGUCUGCCUCAAGAUGAGCAAAAGCUUUGGCACUCUCAUGCUUACGAGGUUAAGUCAGGCUCGUGGGCUUAUCCACGAUUGCCUGAGGUUGUGGCUGCUCCAGAGCUCAAGAACAUGGCCAAAACGUAUGGAAAGUUCUGGUGCACCUGGCAGAUAGACCGAGGUGACAAGUUACCAAUUGGUGCACCCGAACUGAUGAUGUCACCCCAGGGGGUGGGGGAAGGGGUACUAAGGCCGGAGUUGGUGAAGAGAAGAGAUGAGAAGUACAACAUUUCGACUGAUGAUUUGAAGCACAAGAGGGCCGAGAUUGCUGAACCGGAGUGGAUCAAUCCGAUGGCUGAUUACUGGAAGCAACAUGGUAAGUGUUUUGUUCUUGAUAUCAUGUCUGUCGAAAUGAACCGUAACGCUCAAUUUCCGUGAACAAUGUCCUCUCAUUGCUCGCUUGUAUGAGUGAUGACUGAUGAACCAGUGUAGAAAUUGUGCUAUAUAUGUAAAUCAGUAAUAUAUAUAAUAAUGUUUUACUCCA